UCUCUGUCUCUCUCACAGGGUCCUAUUGAGAAUGAUGUUGUGAUUCACGUGGCCCUGAUAGCAGAGAGCCAGAGAUUGCAGGUGUUUUUAAACACCUAUGGCAUUCAGACCCAGACGCCCCAGCAGGUGGAGCCUAUCCAGAUCUGGCCUCAGAAGGAACUGGUCAAGGCAUAUCGUUUCCUUGCCAUCAAUAAGAAACUGGGAUUGAGUGGGCGUCCAGAGAGGCCAGUUGGCUGCAUUGGGACCUGCAAGAUUUAUCGUAUCCUGGGCAAGACGGUGGUGUGCUACCCAAUAGUGUUUGAUCUAAGUGACUUCUACUUGUCCCAAGAUGUUAUGCUGCUGAUUGAUGACAUUAAGAACGCCCUGCAGUUCAUCAAACAGUGCUGGAAGAUGCAGGGACGUCCUCUCUUCCUGGUUCUCAUCCGUGAGGAUAACAUAAAGGGGAGCCGCUUCAACCCAGUCCUGGACAUGCUGGCCUCGUUCAAGAAAGGCAACAUCGGAGGGGUCAAAGUUCACGUGGACAGACUUCAGACCCUGAUAUCUGGAGCUGUGGUGGAGCAGCUGGACUUCCUGCGUGUCAAUGAAGCUGAGAUCCCAGAGUUUAAAAGCUUCGAGGAGCUGGAGCUGCCAAAGCACUCCAAGGUGAAGAGACAGACGAGUACACCAAACGCCUCGGACCUGGAGCAGCAGCCGGAGAUCAGCGUGGAGGAGUGGCUGCACAAGCCGACCCCCGAAAUCAUCCAGAAGUUCCAUGAUUCUGGCUGCCUGGCCAGUCAGGCUCAGCUUGCAAGCAUCCUCCUCAGGAGAGAAGGUCCCGACUUUCUCGCCAAAGAUGAAAACCUGAUGGAUGAACUGGAGGGAAUCUACAGGAGAGCUGGCAGCAGAAAGCUUUGGUCUGUUGUCCGUCUUGCUGCCAGUCUGUUAACUAAGCUAGUGGACAGCCUUGCACCCAGUAUUACUAGUGUUUUAGUGCAUGGCAAGCAGGUGACCCUUGGUUUAUUUGGGCAAGAAGAGGAGGUGAUCUCGAACCCGCUGUCUCCAGGAGUGAUCCAGGGCAUCAUCUACAGCAAGUGCUCACCUCACGGCGGGGAGCGGGAGGCCGUUCUGCAGCAGGAGCUGGUCAUCCACAUCGGAUGGAUCAUCUCUAACAACCCAGAACUGUUCAGCGGCAUGCUCAAAAUCAGAGUCGGAUGGAUUGUCCAGGCCAUGAAACAUGAGCUGAAGAUCCGUGCGGGAGACAUGCCAGCCCAGGACAUCCACCAACUGUCUCCAAGUGACAUCAAGCAGCUCCUGCUGGACGUCCUGCAGCCGCAGCACACGGGCAGGUCUUGGCUGAACAAGCGUCAGAUUGACGGCUCUCUGAACAGGACCCCUCUGGGUUUUUAUGACCGUGUGUGGCAGAUCCUGGAGAGGACCCCCAACGGGAUCCUGGUGGCUGGGACUCACCUACCACAGCAACCUACGCUGUCUGACAUGACCAUGUAUGAGAUGAACUUUUCCCUGCUGGUGGAGGACACUGUGAAGAACAUCGUCCUGCCUGAGUACAGACAAAUCAUAGUAGAGUUACUGAUGGUGGUGUCCAUUGUGCUGGAGAGAAACCCGGAGCUGGAGUUCAGCGAUAGGGUGGAUCUGGAUGGUCUGGUGAAGGAGGCCUUUAAUGACUUUCAGAGGGACUGCAGCCGCUUUGAAGGCACGGAGAAACAGGAUGACAUGGAGUCAUUCUACAACACCCCACCGGUGGGGAAGAGAGGCACCUCCAGCUACCUGUCCAAGGCUGUAAUGAUCCAGCUGCUGCAGGGGGAUGUGAAGCCCUGCAAGGACGACCCGUGCUCCGUUAGCUAGAUUUACAACACUUUGAGCCCUGACCUGAGCCUGCUGCAGCAUAGUCAUCACACAGUCCUGAGAGGUCUGCUGCAGAGUAUCCAUCACAUACAUCCACAAGAUAACCUCUAACCUCUCCAGCCCACCCUCUGGCGUGAAUCUUCCCACUUCUGUUAACCAUAUUCCUCCUAAACAUGAGUAGAAAUUGUAAGCAGCAGCUGCAGUUUGCACCAGAGGUUAAAAUAAUGUUGAAUAUAAAAACUCACAGCAUCACCACGGCCUUGUUUCUAUACACCUUAUUGUUUUGUCAGUUCAGCGUCCUACUGUAGCUAUUGCUGUGUGUUCAAAUUUACAUUUUAGUGGACUUCUCUUGAGUUGUUCAAAAGCUGUUACGUAGCGUAGCAGCGACCAUUUUUGGCUUUUCGCGUCAAAUGCCUCAAGCUAGCUAACGUGUGCUCAUGACUUGGAUGCAGUAGAUUAGCAUGUGAGCACUUUGUUGACAGGGGGGAUGUCGUGUUCAUCCACCAGUUAGAUGUAUGUGUUCUGUUUGCUGAUUUCAACUCAGUUUGGCUUCUUAUUGAACUCACAGACCUGAGAGAGUGUCAGUCAGGUCUUUCAGAAAGAAAUGUGAUUGUUGUCCUUGAUUAGAAACAAUUACAACUAUUUUGUAUCCUGGUUUUCAGGUAUUUAAGAAUAAUGUCUAAAGAACUUAGCGCCAUGAAUCAACUUCUUAUGGAAUUUCACGUUAACGGCCUUUACCUGUUCUGUUGCAAUGCUACGAUAUAAGAAAGCUGUUCUCAAAUGGGACACCGGCUGCAGAAAUGCUUCACGUCUCAAAAUAAACAAAAGUGGUGAAGUCUGCCAGUAAAUCAUGUCUAUGAUCCAUCAUUUUACAAAUGUUACCCGACUGCAUCAAGCUGUAGUCAACCUCAUUAUGACUACCUGUGGGAAACACUGCCAACAUAUUAUUGUACAAAAAAAACAAGUACACGUCAAAGUUUGUUUUUGAUUUAUACUGUGUUCUCUGUCUGUGUGCAUGCAGUCUGCUGCAUGACAGAACUGUUUUUAAAACCAUAAUGGCUGUUUCUCUGAAUGUUAUUGGCAACGCAAUCAUUUUUGAGCCUCUUGUUUCACACAGCAGAGCUCUGCAUGACAAUGUGAAGUGAGUGAAGAAACGUUAGAACAUGCUGUUAUUGUGAAUGUGUGCAACAGAAGAGGUAGGUCAGAUAGAAAUGUUAAAAAAAACUCAUUUAUUAUUUGAAUGUGUGCCUCUCUGAAUAUGAUCACUGUGAUGUAUCUGCCCUAACCUGUGUGUGUGUGUGUGUGUGUGUGUGUGUGUGUGUGUGUGUGUGUGUGUGUGUGUGUGUGUGUGUGUGUGUGUGUGUGUGUGUGUGUGUGUGUGUGUGUGGUUUAAUGUCGUCUUCAGAAGAAGUAUUUUUAAUUCAAACUGUAGUUUCAAAGAAUAAAUGUAUCCACUUUGAAA